UGAAGUUUUCUCGCGUACGUAAAAAAAAACUCUGUGUGACGAGUGUGAAGAAACUGCCGUGGUUUUAAUUUUGUUUGUCCGAAAAGAAACUAAAAUGUUAAUAUUUUAAAAACCAUAUAAAAUAGAUUCAGCAUUAAAUUCUUAAUAAAUUCCCAUAAACGUGAUAUAACUUAAGCUUUUGCAAGUGUCUGAAAAAUCAACUUCAAAAUUGGCAAUAAAACGACGAAAAUCAAUUAAUUUUUUUUUUCGCUCUGUCACGGACAACUCCAUCGUCGUUGUCGUCUCGUCCUCCAAAAAAAUUAUUCUAAAAAAAAAAAAAGUAGUGUGUUCCGCUCUCUUUUUUUUUAAUAAAUUCUCUUUGCGGAUAUUUAAUUCAUCAUCAACGACAAUCGGAAUUAAUAAACAAUAAAAGAAGAAGCUCCCAGCAGCAGCAAGAAAAUUAAAACCAAUUGGAGAGGUGCUCACUCACUUUUCAGCAGGCUUCUUUUUAUUAAAAUAAUACAAAAAAAAACACGAUUUUAUUGUGUGUAAUGAAUUGUUAAGGGUCUAUAACUGUACGCAUGCUACAAAUUAAUUGGAUUAAUUAGAAAAACAAUAAAAUGUCGUCAUUUUCAAAUGCAAACUAUCCACCACCACCACAGCCACAGCAGUUAUCUUCUGGAAGUGGCAACAUGAUGAUGGUCAAUGGAAUGAGUCAACAAUCAAUGCAGUCAGUUGGACAACAACAACAACCACAACAACCACAACAGCCACAACCAAUAAAAACCAUGCAAAAUAAUUUCCCUCCAACAUCGAAGGCAAUGCCAAGCAUGAACCAAUUUAUGCCACCAACUUCGCAGUACACCCCACAACCGGUGUCUGCACCAGUAACUGCUUCAGGUCCGCUUGCCUCAGCUCAGCCACCAACAUCGACGGCAUAUGGCAAUGGGCCACAAGUACAUGGAAUGCAAGGUAAUCUACCUGGACAUUUAAGGCCCCCUACCGGAGUGCCAUUAACAAAUGGUGGUGGUGGUAAUAGUGUCAACUCAUCGCGAACCGCAUCACCAGCAUUAACUGGUUCACCUAAUCAUUUUGCACAACAACAGCAGCAGCAACAAAGGAUGCCUGUAUCUCAGCAGAAUCCAAUGGCUCCUGCCAACAAUCUCAGCAAUAGUAUGCAAAACCUUUCUAUGGGCAGCAGACCUACCAAUGGUCCAGGUCCACAAAUGCGACCUGCACCAACAACGACAACAACUGUCAGUAGUCCAUCGCAUUUCCCACAAAAUUUCCAGGGAAACUUUAAGACAUCAGCAUUAAAUACAACCCCAGGAAGCGCCUUCCAACAGCCUCCUAGUCAAGGGCAAAUUCCAAGAGGCCCCACUGCACAGCCUAAUGCUUACGGUACAUCGAGUUCGCCGUUGAUUCGGACCGCAAUGCCAGCACAACCGGCGCCAUAUCCAACACCUCCUGCACCACAAUUUGCUACAACACCACAAAAUGCCAAUUAUCCUCCAACAAGUUCCGCUCCCUUUCCAAAUGCAUUCAAUCAGAGUCAACUGAAUAAUAAUAUGGUUCCACCACAAAUGGCAGCAGAAACUCAACAGCAACAACAGCAGUCAGCACCAAUGACAGCACGUCGACCGAUGUAUCCUCAACAACAAAAGGUACCACCACCACUACAGCAACAGCAACAGCAGCCUCAAGCUUAUCCACAGCAAGUCUACCAACAACAGCCAAUGGCACCACAACCAACGAAUGGCCCACAAAAUCCUGGUCAGCAAGGUGCAUAUCCCAGUGUAGUCAAACAGGGAUUCAAUAGUCUUUGGGGCCAUGAUACUGUGGAUCUUAUGCAGAAUCGUCAUGUAUUAUCGCCGGCAACAUUGCCAUUGCCAAAAAUUACUCUGCACAAUCAGUUCCACGAAUCCAUCAAUUGCCAUCCCAAUAUUAUGCGAUGUACCGUUACUAAGAUACCAGAAAGUAAUUCAUUACUUCAAAAGUCAAGACUGCCACUUGGUAUUUUAAUUCAUCCAUUUCGUGAUGUUAAUAGCCUACCAGUUAUCCAGUGUCCAAAUAUUGUUAGAUGUCGCUUAUGCAGGACAUAUAUAAAUCCAUUUGUCUACUUUGUAGAUAGCAAAAUGUGGAAAUGUAAUUUAUGUUAUAGAGUCAACGAAUUGCCUGACGAUUUCCAAUUCGAUCCGGCCACCAAAACCUACGGAGAUGUUACACGAAGGCCUGAAGUUCGUGCUAGUACUAUUGAAUUUAUAGCCCCAUCUGAGUAUAUGUUAAGGCCACCCCAGCCAGCGAUUUAUUUGUUCCUUUUCGAUGUCUCGAUAAUUGCCCAACAAAGUGGUUAUCUUGAAAAUGCGUGUAAUGUUUUGUCAAAACAUUUAACCGAUAUGCCCGGUGAUGCACGUGCUCAAGUUGGUUUCAUUGCAUAUAAUAGUGAAGUACAUUUCUAUAGCAUGGCAGAGGGUUACAAUCAACCUCAUGAAAUGACUUUAAUUGACAUCGAUGAUCCAUUCCUUCCACGACCGGAUAAUCUAUUGGUUAAUUUGAAGGAAUGCAAAGACUUGGUUAAAGACUUGUUGGUACAAUUGCCUGAAAGAUUUGCAGGUACUCAUGAUCCUGGCUCAGCACUUGGAGCUGCUUUACAAGUUGCUUACAAAUUAAUGCAAGCAUCUGGUGGACGAAUAACCGUGUUUCAAACAUGCCUUCCAAACAAAGGUCCUGGUGCUCUAGAGGCGCGUGAAGAUCCAAAUAAUCGUUCAGCCAAGGAUGUUGCACACUUAAACCCGGCCACAGAUUUUUACAAAAGAUACGCUCUCGAAUGCUCUGGUUAUCAGAUAGCUGUCGAUCUAUUUUUACUCAAUCAGCAAUAUAGUGAUCUUGCUACAAUAUCUGGCAUCAGUAAACACAGCGGUGGAGCAGUUCAUCAUUUCCCACUGUACCAAAAGACCAAACCGCAACAUGUUGAUUCAUUCAAACAAUGCUUCAAAAGAUAUUUAGUCAGAAAGAUUGGUUUCGAAGCUGUUAUGCGGAUUCGCUGUACGCGGGGUCUUCAAGUUCAUACAUUCCAUGGAAACUUCUUUGUACGAUCGACAGACCUUCUUUCUUUACCAAAUGUCAAUCCUGAUGCUGGCUAUGGCAUGCAAAUAUCGUAUGAAGAAUCACUUACAGAUGUUAAAACGAUAUGCUUCCAAGCAGCUCUACUCUACACGAAUAGCGAAGGAGAACGUCGUAUUCGUGUGCACACCCUAUGCCUUCCAGUUACGGCCAGUUUGUCCGAAGUAAUGCAUUCGGCCGAUCAAGAAGCAAUUAUUGGAUUGCUAUCAAAAAUGGCUGUUGAUCGGUCAAUUUCGUCAAAUGUAGCCGAUGCUCGGGAAGCCUUCAUAAACGUAACUGUCGAUAUCUUAAGUGCAUUCAAAUUGGCACAGAAUCUACCCUCUGGCCAGGGCGGAUUGAUUGCUCCACGAAAUUUGGCACUGUUACCUUUGUACAUUUUAGCUUUACUAAAACACCCCGCAUUUCGUGUUGGCACUAGUACACGAUUGGAUGAUCGUGUCUUUGCAAUGGAUGAAUGCAAGACUUUACCCCUGGAUCAACUAAUGAAGUACAUUUAUCCUGAGUUCUAUCAUAUUGACAGUUUGUUUUAUAAUCUGCAAAAUUCAAACGAUACCGAUGACGAUGAUGAUAAUAUUGCUGAUUUGCCAAGAUUACAAUUAUCAGCUGAAUUCCUCGAUUCGCGUUCAAUAUUCUUGUUAGAUUGUGGAAGACUGAUAAUUAUUUAUGUUGGCCUUAAUGUUCCAACUAAUAUUCUGGAAAAUGUUUUUGGUAUUAAAUCAACAUCAGAACUACCAGAUUAUUGUUAUGGUUUGCCAACAAUAAAUAGUCCCGAAAGUACUGCGCUUAAACGAUUUAUGUUGAAAUUAAAUGACGAUAAGCCAUAUCCACCACUUAUACAAAUCAUAAGGGAUACAAGUACGGCGAAACCAACAUUUAUUGAAAAACUUGUGGAUGAUCGAAGUGAAUCUAGUUUAUCAUAUUAUGAAUUUUUGCAACACAUACGGACUCAGGUGAAGUAGUACUUUAUAAGCUUAACUAAAUAAACUAGUAUAAUAAAUAUCGAGUAAAAUAAAAAAAAAAACUACAUUUGUGUAAAACUAAAAGAAAAAAUAAAUAAAAGAGAUACAAAUGUUAUGAUAAAAACAAUAAUAAAAAAAGAAGAAAAAAAAAAUAUAAACAAAAGAAACAUUUAUGUAUUUACGAAGCAAAGCGAAAAUUUAGCUAGAAAUUUAAGAAAACCAACAAAAUUUAUUGAAGUGAUGAGAAAUUUAAAA